GCUACGGUUUAAGAUUACUUGUUUAGUUUCAGGUCAUGAACAUGUUGUGCUUUAUGGUUAAACUGUCAAACACCUGUUUGAUGAUAUUUUUCUUAUUUGUCUCUGUCUAUGGAAGAGGUGAAGACUCAUCUCCUUCAUGUGUUCAGCUGAUGGUUCGCAGUGGCACGACCUUGAAAAGAGCCCCACAGCAAUCUGCGACAGUCAGCUGUCCCGUCAAACACUGUGGAAAAUCACUAAACAUCACCUGGUGUAAACUACUCGACUCAAACAGCUGUGAACGGAUCAAUAAAACGGAGAAUGUAGAAAUAAGACAGGAUGACGACCACGUUAAAAAUGAACUGAUCUCGUAUUUAACUUUCAAAUGGAUUACCGUUUAUGAUGAUGGCCUGUACAGAUGUGAGUUCAGAGGGAAAUAUCAUGAAAUCAGUCAUAUCAUCAACAUCUCAGUUUCAGACAUGCACCAGGGGGAUGAAACAACUGACGAUACUGACAACAUUGCAGUUAGGUCACUGAGUGCUGCUGAUGGUGAGGCUGUGACCUGGCUGCCCUACUUCUAUAUCUGUGUUGGCAUUGUUCUUCUGGUUUUCACAAUGACAGCAUUAACCCUGCUGAGUUUUCAUGGCUGGAAAACCUUCUUCACAGAAACACUGACAUUCAAGCCAACAAAGGGCCAGGAAAUGUCCAGUCAUAUGAUACCUGACCUCCCCAAGGGGAACACUCCUUCCACACCAGUCCUGCAAGACCACUCUGUUCUGAAUGCCAUCUACUCUCCAAACACUGCAGGGACACCACCAUCACCACCUUCCCUGACCACCAAUAGGAACCAGCCUUUGGCAAACACAGGAGAUAAAAGUCACGCGUCAGACUAUGCAGUGUAUGCUGUCAUCAACCAUGCACAGCCUGGGAUACCUGCCAGAAAACAGCAUGCUGUGACUAAACAAGACAAUAACCCUAAAUAUACCACUAUCAAUGUUUCCUGAACAUUUUUGAUUUAUCAUAGACGAACGGUUGGAAAAAUGUUCACAAGAACAUGGUGGUGUCAUGGAACAGGCACACUGUAGAAGAGGCGUAUGGAGGGGGCUUGUGGUCAUGCAGUUGCACAGUGUGUCAUGUCACAUUAACCUGGCUACAGCAAAGAAGAAGCAGUGUUUCGUUUGUUCUCUCAACCUCACAUUUAUUCCAGCUGAUGCUUCUUUCUGUUUCAUUUCUUGUCAUUUUUUUUAUUUUGUAUUUUCCCCUAGUCAUUUCAUUUAUGGGACUUUUUUGACUUAUUUUACACUGUUGGUCAAAGCUUUGGUGGUUUGCAUUAAAAAAAAAAAACUCAGUCAAUCCUUACUGUAAACUCUUCUGUCUGAUUUGGUUAUAUGAAGACUGAAGUAGGGAGGCAUCUACAUCUGAUCAGAAAUUUCAGCAUUUCAAUAUAAUCCUGUGACUGUACAAGCACUUUGUUCUUUGAGACGUAGCAGAUGUGGUGUCUUUAAUAUUUAUUUUUGCACUCCUUUCAGCUGAGAUAUGAAUAUUUUAAAGAAAGAAUAAUUUGGUACUUUGUAAGAGAAAACUAGCUGAGAGACUGUGAGAUGAGAGUCCAGUGUGUAUUAUCUCACAGAUUUUCUGUCCCACACACAAACCUCAGUGUUCUUCGCUGCUGCUGGUGGAAAUGUAAUACCUGCCCUGUCGAUCACACGUGGUUUAGCUUUCUUAUACAGGAAGUUAAAGGGCAGAUGAAAAACUUUUUGACAUUAACAUUUGUGGUGGCAGUUGUCGUGCCAACCCUCAAUCCAUUGUCUUUAUAUACUGUGGCUCAACCACAUAUAGUUUUCAUACUGAGGAUGGAUUGCCUAGUUAAAGUCACCAGAAGUCAACUACCAGAAACAAAGAAAGGACAGGAACAAGAGGAACAAGAAAUUUGCCAAAACAAACUUCAGAUUUUAUUAAAGACAAUAUGUCACAGAAAACUACUGGUUCCCAGUCUUUUGGGCUUGUGAAAUCAAUAUCUACCUGCAACCUGUCAUCACAAAUUAUGGCCUUACUGUGGACAUGAGUUGUGAUCAAUAAAUUUUCUGACUGUUCAAUUUGUUUGAGCUGAAAUACAGAGUCAGAAGGUGAAGCGAACCUGUGCUUUGUGUUCACAAUGCACAGGUUAAGUGAACCACAACGUCGUCACGUUGCAUUCGGCUGACCAAUGGUGGAAUAAUGAUCAGUCAGUCAGUCAGUCAGUCAUUCAGCGACAUUAGCGAUUAUAGGUCUGGCCCCGCUGUUGCAGUCCAGCCAAAAAACAAACUAAUUUUAAAAAAAGUUAAUGGUUGUAAUGUCCUAUGUUGGGAACCACAGCCAUAUAAACCAUGGCAGACUAUCUAAUCAUUGCUGUUAAGAAGCUUGUACUAUAUAUUUUAUAUGUAAGCAGCGGUGUCUGGUUGUCACAGGCCACGCUCUCUCUCUUUUUCUCUCUCACACACACAUCAGUAUUUGUGUUUUUUUCUCUGGUGGACAAAAGCUCCGGUUCAGACGUCAGAGAGCUGGAGAGCGCAGAGGCAUGUGCGAAGGCAGCGUUAGCGUUGCAGCGAGACAGGACAUUAGAUUGAGUCUGAGGUCACUCAGAGAGCGUGGGGACUCCAUCUGCAGCACUGCAGUUUAAAAAACAUUUGACAAGGUGUGCAGAGAUGCUGAAUGCUGAAUGUGUUCCUGUUCCAAAAUCCUGUCUAAAUAUGCAAAGAAUUAUUAUACAGAAGUAUGUCAGGUGGGAUUUAUGUUUGGGAUAGCAAUGACAUUCGAAUUUAAGAAAUCUGAGAGGCAUUUUUUAAUGCAUAGUGAGUGGUUUCAUUUUAGCUAAGUGAAGUGAAACGUCAUCAGUAGCUUUACCAUCAUGUAGUAGCCACUUUGAUCCAGAGCCACAGACAAAUAUGCAGGCAGGGUUUAUGUUUUGCUUAAGUGCACUUUAAUGGACCAGAGUGGCAGUUCUUGGGGUUUAACCUGCAGCCCACAAGUAAUAGAAUAAUUUGUUGAAAUUUAUCAUUCGUCUUUCAGGGGGUCUUGUAGCAUUCACAUACAAAACCACUGAGCCAACCCACCUCAACACCUCACCACAGUGUGAUCUGCACACUCACCCCCUCUAUACACUUGAACUUGCCCGACUCUAAAAUAUACACACACACAGUAAAACACGCAUACCUUUCAGGGGAACGGAAAAGGUUUCAGCAUUUCAGACUUUCUGACCGUGGAAUUUAACAUUUAACACAUGCGGACACCCACAUACUCUCUCACAACUCACACCCGCUGGCUCUAACCUACAUGCUAACAGACUUUGAAACAUCUAGAAGUGUUUUGAGUGAGGCAGUAGCUGACUACGCCUGAGUGAGUGGCCUAAGUCUACAGCACUGCAGCAUAAAAGCCAUCUGACAGGCUAAGCAGGAGUCUGCUGUCUGUUAUGAAUUCUAGCUGUAAGCUGAUAUGAACUGUAUUUAUGUUAUAUAUUUAUACAAGUGCUGAGUUGAAUACACAAACACACAUAUAUAUAUAUAUAUAUAUAUAUAUAUAUAUAUAUCACAGAACUAAUAAAUACUGUGUGUUAUCCCAGAGCGUAUGAAUACAUCAGAAAACAACUGAAAUGUGCAGCAAGCUGUGUGUGUGCACAACAUGUGUGUGUUUUUUGUUUUUUUUGCACCGUAACCCGCCUGGCUUAGGAUGAAAAAGGCCUCAAAAAAUGAGCAUCUGGAAGGCAGGUGUGGCACACCAGAAAGGAAUUUUAUGUCUUUAUGAAUCCAAUGUACAAAGCUAAGCUGAAAAAGCUGGAAGAGUGGCAAGAUUUUAAAUUGAUCAAGCUUUAGAAACUUAUUAUGUUUUAUAUUUUUAUUAUUCUGUUUGUUGUAUCUAUUAUAUCAAGUUUACAUAGUUGGUCAUAAUGCACUGUUUCAUCUUUUCCUCUUUUUUUCUGGGCUACAGUUGCACUAUACAGGACUGAAUGCUGCAACACAUUUCCAUUUAUUCAAAAAGUAAUCUGAAACAUAUUUCAGAGUUAUUGUAGUGUAAGCUAACUGAGCUUAAAGUCUGAUAACCUGCAUGUCAUUCUCCUGCUGAUAAAGUAAAUAAAUGACAGAUUCAAAUCCUAUGCUUUGAUAUGCAAGACUAUUUCAGGAUGAAGCUUACAUUUGUAAGUGCAUGUAGAUGUACAAACAUAAUAUAUCCCAGAAGCAUUAUUACAUUAUAUUUUAGCGAUGUAGGCGCUGCUUUGAUCCAGAGCAACAGAAAUGAGAGCUGGCCUUUAGGGUUUUGCUCAAGCAUAGUUUUAGAGGAGCAGAGUGGCUUGUUUGGUUGUUUUACCUGCAGCCCCCAAAUAAUAUACCAGUAAGCCACCCCACCUCAAAAUCCACACAACCCAACCAGAGUUCACACAGGACCUCAUCCGACUCUAUGAUGUAGACUGGCAACAAGACACACAUUCCUUUCAGAGGCACCGAAAAGGUUUCAGCAUCGCUUCCUCUGGGAAUUGAUUCAAGCUAUCUGUCCAUGGAAUUUAACAUCUCUCCACACUCACAGAACACACACACACACACACACACACACACACGGACACACACACACACA